CACACUCGCUCUCGUUCUCUCUCGAGUAAUCCCUAGCAAUCGACGGAGAGACUCACCUCAUUCUUUCGACUCUCUUAUUCUGCCGCUUCUUUCUCGCCGGCGGUUUUCUCCUCUCUGCCGCCUCAAUUUUCCGGUGAUCAGCUCCGUUCGCAGCCACAGGCAAAGGGAGCAACAAAGCCUCUGGAAUGAUUUGUUAUGGCCCAACAGUCAUCUAGGCUUCAGCGGUUGCUUACUCUGUUGGAUACUGGGUCAACCCAAGCGACAAGGUUGACUGCUGCUCGUCAGAUAGGGGAAAUUGCAAAAUCACACCCUCAAGACUUGAACAGUCUUCUUAAGAAGGUUUCUCAAUAUCUGCGCAGCAAAAAUUGGGAGACAAGAGUCGCUGCUGCUCAUGCAAUUGGGUCUAUUGCUGAGAAUGUUAAACACACAAGUUUGAAUGAACUUACUACAUCUGUUGUAUCAAAAAUAUCUGAGAAUGGGAUAUCAUGUAGUGUUGAGGAUCUUUGUGCAUGGACAUAUUUGCAAUCAAGAAUUACAGGAAGCUCAUUUAGAAGUUUUGACAUGAGCAAGGUGCUUGAAUUUGGAGCUUUAUUAGCAUCUGGAGGACAGGAAUAUGAUAUUGUAAGUGAUAAUAUAAAGAACCCAAAGGAGCGACUGGUACGCCAAAAGCAAAAUCUUCGACGCCGUUUAGGUUUGGAUGUUUGUGAACAAUUUAUGGAUAUGAGUGAUGUAAUAAGAGAUGAAGAUCUUAUGACACACAAGUCAGAUUCACAUCCCAAUGGAAUAGAUCAUGGAGUUUUUACUUCUUCUUCUGUGCAUAACAUCCAGAAAAUGGUUGCAAACAUGGUUCCUAGUGUCAAAUCAAAGUGGCCAAGUGCAAGAGAACUGAAUCUUCUAAAGCGCAAAGCAAAAAUAAACUCAAAGGACCAGACAAAAAGCUGGGUCGAAGAUGGUGUUACCGAUCCAUCAGGUGCUCAGAAUUCGGCUUCGAAAGCCACGUAUCCUGAGUCAGUUAAUUACAAUAAGGUAUUCAUGGAUGUUAAUCAUGAUGAUGAUGGCCUUGACCAUGAUGGGGAUGGACAAUGGCCUUUCCACACUUUUGUUGAGCAACUUAUUAUUGAUAUGUUUGAUCCAGUUUGGGAGAUCCGACAUGGUAGUGUGAUGGCACUGAGAGAAAUUUUAACACAUCAAGGUGCUUCUGCUGGGGUAUUGAAACAUGACUUACGCUUGGGUGGGAACUUUAUGGUCGAAUUAGAAGACAAAAGUAUAACUAUUGAAAAAAAAGAAGACAGUAGUAUGUCAAAUAUAUUGAAGAGAGAGAGGGAGAUUGAUUUGAAUAUGCAAGUUUCUGCAGAUGAGUUUGACUCAAACUUGAAGAGACCAAAACUUGAAAAUGUAACAUCAUCAACCUCGAUGGAUAGUCUAAUUACUUGCAGCAAUGAAGGUGAUACUAAAAUCAGCAUUAGUUCUGAAACCUCUGGGUACAAUUUACCUUUGGAUUGUGUAAAUGGGCAAUUUAAUUGUAAUUCUGUUGAGAUGGAUGUGGUAUCUUUCUCUGAUGGACUGCAAGAUGCAUGCAAGGAACCUACUAUUGUAGCAGAGCAGAAGGGUUAUUCUGAAGAGAUUCCCUCCAGAAAUCUUAAUGUGCUGAGAAAUGUUCCCCAGAAUUCCGAGCUGAUGAGCAUGGUUAAAGUUGCCAGAAGUUCAUGGUUGCGAAACUGUGGAUUUCUUCAAGAUUGUGUGAUACGCUUUUUGUGUGUGUUGUCACUAGACCGCUUUGGAGAUUAUGUAUCCGAUCAGGUUGUUGCUCCAGUGCGUGAAACCUGUGCACAGGCAUUAGGUGCGGCAUUUAAGUACAUGCAUCCGGCACUGGUAAAUGAAACAUUGAAUAUAUUGUUGAAAAUGCAGUGUAGACCAGAAUGGGAGAUUCGUCAUGGAAGUCUUCUAGGUAUCAAAUAUUUGGUUGCUGUGCGGCAGGAGUUGCUACCUGACUUGCUUGGACUUGUUCUUCCUGCAUGUAAAUCUGGGUUGGAGGACCCGGAUGAUGAUGUCCGAGCUGUUGCUGCUGAUGCCUUAAUACCAGCUUCAGCUGCAAUCGUUGCAUUGCAGGGUCCAACAUUGCGCACAAUUGUGAUGCUGCUGUGGGAUAUAUUGCUUGAUUUGGAUGAUUUAAGUCCAUCCACUAGCAGUGUUAUGAAUUUGCUGUCAGAAAUUUAUUCUCAAGAAGAGAUGGUCCCAAUGAUGUAUGAAGUUCUUAGAUUGGGAGACAACGGAAUAUCUAUUCAAAAUGGAGUCGGGGGUGGUGAUGAUGAUGAUGAUGAUGAAGAAAAUCCUUAUGUGCUUUCAACGUUGGCACCACGUUUGUGGCCUUUUAUGAGGCAUAGUAUCAGCUCUGUCCGGUAUUCAGCAAUGCGGACUCUGGAGAGGCUACUUGAAGCUGGAUAUAAGAGAAGAAUGUCCGAGUUGUCUAAUGCUUCGUUUUGGCCCUCUAUCAUAUUUGGAGAUACCCUUAGAAUUGUAUUUCAGAAUCUGCUAUUGGAAACAAAUGAGGAUAUUUUGCAAUGUUCAGAGAGAGUGUGGAGUCUCCUUGUUAAGUGUUCUGUGGAGGACUUGGAUACUGCUGCGAGAUCUUACAUGGCUUCUUGGAUAGAACUUGCUUCUACACCAUUUGGUUCAGCAUUAGAUGCCUCAAAGAUGUUUUGGCCUGCUGCAUUUCCAAGGAAAAGUCAAUUUAGAGCUGCUGCUAAAAUGAGAGCUGUGAAGUCUGAAUAUGAUUAUGGUGGGGAUUUUGGUCUUGAUUCUACAAAAGGAUCUGUUCCACAAGAAAGAAAUGGUGAUGCUGCUAUGGAUUCAGUGAAGAUAGUUGUUGGUGCUGAUGUGGACACAUCUGUUACUCAUACACGGGUGGUUACAGCAACUGCAUUGGGAAUUUUUGCCUCUAAGCUGCCAGAGGAUUCUUUGAAGUAUGUUGUUGAUCCACUCUGGAGGUCUCUAACCUCUUUGUCUGGUGUUCAACGUCAGGUUGCAUCUAUGGUACUCAUUUCUUGGUUCAAGGAGAUUAAGAGGACAAAUUCAUCAGAUUCACUUCUUCCAUAUGCUGAACUUUCAAGAACUUAUUCAAAGAUGCGUAAUGAGGCUGGUCAAUUGCUAAAUGCUAUCAAGUCUUCUGGUAUGUUUGAUGAGUUAUUGUCAACUACCAAAAUUGAGUUGGAUAGCUUGAGUGUGGAUGGUGCCAUUAGUUUUGCAUCAAAAGUUCCAGCAGUGUGUAAUGAUAGUUCUCUGAAUGAGUCCUUGAUAAAGAAUACUUUAGAUGAUAUAGAAUCCACAAAACAGAGGCUCUUGACAACUUCUGGCUAUUUGAAAUGUGUGCAGAGUAAUUUGCAUGUUACAGUCUCAUCUGCAGUUGCAGCUGCUGUUGUUUGGAUGUCUGAAUAUUCUUCUCGGCUUACCCCAAUCAUUUUGCCUUUGAUGGCUUCAAUCAGACGAGAGCAGGAGGAAAUACUGCAAAUGAAGUCAGCUGAAGCACUUGCUGAGCUAAUAUAUCAUUGUGUUGCUCGUAGGCCAUGCCCAAAUGAUAAGUUAAUUAAAAAUAUAUGCAGUAUGACAUGCUUGGAUCCUUCCGAGACCCCUCGAGCUAAACUCAUUUGCUCCAUGGAGAGUAUUGAUGACCAAGGUCUUCUGUCGUUUGGAACUCCUGUGAGCAAACAUAAAUCAAAGGUCCAUGUUUUGGCUGGUGAAGAUCGAUCAAAAGUGGAAGGGUUCAUAAGUAGACGUGGGUCGGAAUUAGCGUUGAGGCUUUUGUGCGAGAAGUUUGGUGCUUUGUUAUUUGAUAAGCUUCCUAAGCUGUGGGAUUGCCUUACUGAGGUGCUUAAACCUAGCUCCUCUGAAUCUCCAGCAGUCACUAAUGAAAAACAAGCUACUAUGGCUGUUGAGUCUAUUAGUGAUCCCCAGAUAUUGAUUAACAAUAUUCAGGUGGUACGAUCUAUUGCGCCCUUGUUAAAUGAGGAGUUAAAGCCAAAAUUAUUGACACUUCUCCCGUGCAUUUUUAAAUGCAUUCAACAUUCUCAUGUUGCAGUUAGAUUAGCUGCUUCACGCUGCAUCACUUCCAUGGCCCGGUCAAUGACUGUGAAAGUUAUGAGUGCUGUGGUUGAAAAUGCUAUCCCAAUGUUGGAAGAUGCAUCAUCAGUUCAUGCUCGUCAAGGAGCAGGCAUGUUGAUUAAUUUUCUUGUUCAGGGCCUGGGGGUAGAGUUGGUCCCUUACGCUCCAUUGUUGGUAGUUCCACUUCUAAGGUGCAUGAGUGACUGUGAUCAGUCUGUCAGGCAGAGUGUGACCCAUAGUUUUGCUGCUCUUGUGCCUUUACUUCCUUUGGCACGAGGCCUUCCUCAACCAGUUGGAUUGGGGGAAGGUAUAUCUAGAAAUGCUGAUGAUUUGCAAUUUUUGGAGCAACUGCUUGACAACUCCCACAUUGAAGAUUACAAGUUAUGCACUGAAUUGAAAGUCACAUUGAGAAGGUACCAACAAGAAGGCAUAAAUUGGUUAGCUUUUUUGAAACGUUUCAAGCUUCAUGGAAUUUUAUGUGAUGACAUGGGGCUUGGUAAGACGCUUCAGUCAUCGGCUAUUGUGGCCUCUGAUAUUGCUGAGCAUCGAACUCAGUCUGGGAAUGGAGAUCUUCUACCAUCUUUGAUUAUUUGCCCAUCAACCCUAGUUGGACACUGGGCCUUUGAGAUAGAGAAAUAUAUUGAUGUUUCAGUUAUAUCUUGUCUUCAGUACGUUGGUUCUGCUCAGGACCGAAUGAUUCUUCGAGAUCAUUUUUGCAAGCAUAACGUCAUUAUAACAUCAUAUGAUGUUGUCCGUAAAGACAUCGAUUAUUUGGGACAGCUUCUGUGGAAUUACUGCAUUUUAGAUGAAGGGCAUAUAAUCAAGAAUGCUAAGUCCAAAGUUACACUUGCUGUAAAGCAGUUAAAAGCCCAACACCGCUUGAUAUUGAGUGGGACUCCAAUACAGAAUAACAUCAUGGACUUGUGGUCCCUUUUUGAUUUUCUAAUGCCUGGAUUUCUUGGAACAGAGAGACAGUUCCAAGCAACAUAUGGAAAACCGCUUUUAGCUGCUAGAGAUCCAAAAUGCUCAGCCAAAGAUGCCGAAGCAGGAGCACUUGCUAUGGAGAGAUUGCAUAAGCAGGCUAUGCCUUUUCUCCUUCGUAGAACAAAGGAUGAGGUCUUAUCUGAUCUUCCGGAGAAAAUAAUUCAAGACAGAUACUGUGAUUUGAGCCCUGUACAAUUUAAACUCUAUGAACAGUUUUCUGGUUCUCACGUAAAACAAGAAAUGUCAUCUAUUGUGACAACGAAUGAGUCAGCUGGAGCAGAAGGAAGCAGCAGUUCAACUAAAGCAUCUUCACAUGUUUUCCAGGCACUUCAAUACUUGCUGAAGCUGUGUAGUCAUCCAUUGCUUGUCAUCAAUGAUAAGGUUUUAGAUUCACUUUCGACCAUCCUCUCCGGAGUGUUACCGGGUGUUUCUGACAUCAUUUCAGAACUUCACAACCUCCAUCAUUCGCCAAAAUUAGUUGCUCUUCAGGAGAUUCUUGAAGAGUGUGGAAUUGGAGUUGAUGCUUCUGGUUCUGAGGGUUCUGUUAACGUUGGGCAGCACAGGGUAUUGAUAUUUGCUCAACACAAGGCUUUUCUGGAUAUAAUAGAAAGAGAUUUGUUUCAGACACACAUGAAAAAUGUUACAUACUUGCGGCUAGAUGGAUCAGUUGAGCCAGAAAAGCGUUUUGACAUUGUCAAAGCAUUCAAUUCAGAUCCUACCAUUGAUGUCUUACUGCUUACAACACACGUGGGUGGGCUUGGUUUGAACCUGACAUCUGCAGAUACCCUUGUUUUUGUGGAGCAUGACUGGAAUCCAAUGCGAGAUCAUCAGGCCAUGGAUAGAGCGCACAGGUUAGGUCAGAAAAAAGUUGUUAAUGUCCACCGUCUAAUAAUGCGUGGUACUUUGGAAGAGAAGGUUAUGAGUCUGCAAAGGUUUAAAGUGUCUGUGGCUAAUGCUGUGAUUAAUGCGGAGAAUGCUAGCAUGAAGACUAUGAAUACGGAUCAGUUGCUUGAUUUGUUUGCUUCAGCAGAUACCUCCAAGAAGGGUUCUUCUGCCGGGAAGAGUUUGGAAAACAACCCUGAAGGAGACGCUAAACUAGUAGGUACCGGAAAGGGGCUGAAAGCCAUACUUGGGGGAUUGGAAGAGCUAUGGGACCAAUCACAAUACACAGAAGAGUACAAUCUAAAUCAAUUCUUAGCAAAACUAAAUGGUUAAUUAAGUCAGAGGAGUGUACAUAUAUCCAACGACUACAAAUUUUGGCAUUGUAACAUCUCAUUUUUUACUCCUCCGUGCCCCCUCUCUCCCUUUUUCUUUCUUUUUCCUCCUCCUCGUCCCCCUCCUCUUUAUUAUUAUUUUUUUUCCCUUUUCGGGAGUUGCUUUGUGAACACCCCCAAUGGCAGGCAUGUACCCUUUGGUGGUUCAGUGAUGUGUAGAGAAAUGGAAUAGUGACGGCUUCUGGGAGGGGAUGGAGUCCCAUUAAUUUUUGGAAUUUUGUAUAUAUACAAUCAGUCCUAAUGAUAAUUAUAGUUUUAGCCUUUGUUAACA